AUGAACGCCCACGUCUUCCUCGGUCGUGUCGCCGCCGCCCGCCACGCCACCUCCCGCCUGGCCAUCCGACAAUUCUCAACGUCGAGGUUCGCGUGCGCCGCCUACCACUCCUACUCCCUGCCCACGCCGCGCUCCUCCGCCGACGCCCGCCCCGACGAGCUCGUCGAAACCUCUAUUGCCUACCCCGAGGCCCUGCCCAGGGUCCACGAGACGCGGCCGCCGCCAUCCUCGCCUGCGUCGCCCACACCUGCCGCUGCGCCAUCACAACCACCGGCACAAGCCGCCGCCGCGCCGGCAUCAUCACCAUCGCCGAUGGCGCAGCAGCAACCUGUAACUGCUGCUGCGCCCGCUCUCGAGAAGCAGCCACAAAAGGCCAAGCCCACGAGGCCGCGAUCGAAGCUGCGGCCGCGCAAGGCGGCCAUGAAGCUGACGCCCGCCGCCGUCGAGCAGCUGCGUAACCUGCUGGACCAGCCCGAGCCCAAGCUCAUCAAGGUCGGCGUGCGCAAUCGCGGCUGUAGCGGACUGGCGUACCACUUGGAAUUCGUCGACAAGCCCGGCGCCUUUGACGAAACGGUCGAGCAGGACGGCGUCAGGGUCCUCAUUGACAGCAAGGCGCUUUUUAGCAUUAUUGGCAGCGAGAUGGACUGGGCAGAGGACAAGCUGAGCCAGCGAUUUGUUUUCAGAAACCCAAACAUCAAGGAAGAAUGUGGCUGUGGCGAGUCUUUUAUGCAGUGGAAGAACCAUUAA